AUGACUUCCCGACUAGAUCGAUUGUUUGUAUUGCUGGAGGCGGGCGCGGGGGCCGCCACACGGCGUGCAGCCGCGCGCCAGCUCGGCGAGGUGCAGAAGGCCCACCCAGAGGAACUGCACCGAUUGCUUGCACGCCUCACCAAGUAUUUACGAUCUCCGGCUUGGGAAACGAGAAUUGCGGCUACACAGGCUGUGGAAGCGAUAUUGACAAAUGUUCCAGAAUGGCAUCCUCCGCCCUUUCCCCUAGUCAAAGAGGACGAGACCGAUCAAGAUGACAGCGGGCGUCUUCGAUGUGAGACAUUCGAUAUUGAGAGGGUUCUGGAACAUGGGGCUCAUCUCAUGGGCUCUGAAGGACACGAGUAUGACAUGGAUGAAGAAGCCUUGUCUGCUUUAGAUAUUAAAGAGCGUUUGGCGAAGCAGCGUCAGCAAUUAAACGCGAGGCUUGGACUCGAUGUGGCUUCGUCUCUAGGUAUUGACUUGAGUGGCGUCUACACCAACGAGGAUUUAUGUCCGGCCAAGAUUGUUGCGAAGCCAGAAGUUACAAGGCGUCCAGUACAAGAAAUAGUCAUAUGUAAAGGACUGAGUUCGCGCGAGAUGAACCUGGCUAAGAGACGCGCACGCGCCGCUUUCAGCAAGCAGAAGUCGCGCGACUGUGACGACUCUCCCUCCACUCCCCUCACUCCUACCAGUUCUUCUCCCCAGUCUCCCCUUGAACCAGAAAGAAAGAAGAUAAAGAUAGAGCCAGUUGAUGAAUCUCCGUUGGAGGCGGGGUGCGCGCCGCGGCGCGACGGGUCGUGGGGCGAGGGCGCGCGCUGGCCGCUGGAGGGCUGGUGCGGCGCGUUGCAGGCGCAGCUUUUCAGCGCCGCGUGGGAGGCGCGCCACGGCGCCGCCGGCGCGCUGCGCGAGCUGCUGCGCGCGCGCGUGGCCGCCGCCGCCGGCUGCCGCGCUGGCAUGACGCCCGCGCAGAUGGAAGACGCUCAUCAAGAUUGGCUAGAAGACAUGGCGUUGAGAUUGCUUUGCGUACUGGCUCUAGAUAGAUUUGGCGAUUUCGUGUCAGAUCAGGUGGUGGCGCCGGUGCGCGAGACGUGCGCGCAGACGCUGGGCGUGGCGCUGGCGCAGCUGCGCGCGGCGCGCGUGCGCCACGUGGCGGCGCGUGUGGCCGCGCUGGCGCGCCAGCCGCAGUGGGAGGCGCGCCACGGGGCGCUGCUCGCCUUCAAGUAUCUGCUCGCGGCGAGGCAGGAGCUGGCAAUAGAAUGCGGAGCGCUGGAGUUCCUGACGGCGGGUCUGGAGGACGGCGCGGAGGACGUGUCGGGCGCGGCGGCGGGCGCGCUGGCGCCGGCGGCGGGCGCGCUGGCGGCGGCGCGGCCCGAGCGCCUGGCGCGGCUGGCGGCGCGCCUGUGGCAGCUGCUGCACGAGCAGGACGACCUGGCCGCGCCCGCGCACGCGUACAUGGCGCUGCUCGCCAAGCUCAUGGCUCUACCCGCUGCCGCUAAUAUGUUACAUCCAAUAGACCUGGCAGAUGUGCUGCCGCGACUGUGGCCAUACCUCGACCACUCCACCAGUUCAGUGAGAAAGGCGACGUUACAAACCCUUCGCACUAUAACGCGACCAUUAAUCACAUCUCCAACACCAAAUGGUCAAACAAAUGGAGAUAAUGAUCACAAAACUGAAAAUAGCAAUGAAAAUGAAAAUAGCGAUAAAGAAAAUACAGAUAGUGAAAAAAGUAAAAAUGCAAAUGAUAAUAAAAAUGAAAUUGUGAAUGGAGAAAUGGAACAGUUCCUAAAUUGGACUCCAGAAUUACUUCAGGAAGCCAUGAGGCAUAUAUAUCAGAGGGUACUCUUUGAACAUGUGCACGACAUUCAGGAGAUUGCUGUACAGGUGUGGCACAACCUGGUGCGUCACGCGGCACUGGGCACGAUCCUGGUGGCGGCGUGCCCGCUGCUAGCGCUGUGGCUGUGCCUCGCCAUGCAGCCGCCGCGCCUGCCGCUCGACCCUGCGCUGCUGCUGCACGCGCCGCACAAGGAGCGUCGAACCCGUGCAAUAAGCGGUAGCGGCGACCCCGCCGCCGCCGACGUGCCCGCGGCCGACGGGGAAGUGCGUCCGGGGCAGAAGUGGUUCCUGGGCGGCGGCGAGAGCCAGCCCGCCGCGCUAAGAGACGCCAACGUCACGCGCGCGAGGUGCCUCGCUUCUGAUAUGUUAGGUUAUCUGUCAUGCUAUCUAGUCCAGCCUGCACCUGGCAUUGAGUAUAAAGCUCUAGAUGAGAGUCCCAUCGAUUGUUAUGUCAAGGUGAUGGUCGCCUACCUGCGGUCGGGCAGCGCGCUGCAGCGGCUGGUGGCGAGCCUCGUGAUCUCGUCGUGGGCGCGCCACACGGUCGAGCACGCCCUCUUCCCGCCCAGCAUUCACGCUAAUGGAGUUGAGGAAGGUGAUAAGCCUGAGAAACAGAAUGAUAUAUCGAAGCUGGCGCCGCCAUUGUUGAUAACGACUCUUCAUACAGCACUCAACCAAAGCCUCUAUUACGAUGAGGUCGCACUCAAUUGUAAUAGAAUACUACAAGAGGCGCGAGAUCUGUUGGCUAUGAUGAAGCACUACAAACUGCCAGUGGAGAAUGAAGAGUUCAAUAAUAUACUGAGGCUAGAACAGGUGUCGGCGAUGACGACGGUGACGCAGCCGCUGGUGGCGGCGCUGAAGAACAAGCGCGCACAGACUUCGCUCGAGGAGCGCCGCGCCGCGCUGCACGCCGCUGUGGCCGCGUGCGCGCAGGAGCAGGCCACGCUCAACGUCUCCGUACAAGCAGCUCUCAGCGGUGCAGUAGCUCACCUGGCGGCGUUGCCGGAGCGCCUCAACCCCGUGGUGCGGCCGUUGAUGGACAGUGUGAAAAAGGAGUGGUCGGAGGAGUUGCAGCGCGGCUCCGCGCGCACGCUGGCGGCGCUGCUGGCGCAGCUGGUGCGCCGCGAGUCCUGCCCCAAUAAUAAAGUGCUCGUUAACCUCAAAGCUUUCCUUAGAUGUGACCCAGAGUUCACGCCGCGUGUAUCACUCGAGAGCGCGGAGGACAACGACUCCGGCAGCGGCGACAGCGGUGGUGAGGGCCGGCUGGAGGUGCACACUCCGCAGGGGCCGACGUUAACGAAAUACAACGGUAUCGUAACGCUGCGCGAGCAACACCGCAGCGCGGAGCGCGUGGUGCCGCGCCGCGGCCGCCCGCCGUCCGCGCCGGCCGCGCACGCCGCGCACGCCGCGCACGCCGACAUCGCGCUCGAGCACCUGCUGCCCAAAGAGGAUGAGGCCCAUAAACUUCUAAGGAUCCAAAGACGAGGAGCCACAAUGGCUUUGACUAACUUAACAGAAUACUUUGGAGAUGAGCUUCCUGAAAAAUUACCAAAGCUGUGGGAAUUUAUUACACAACCUUUUGAAAAAGUCUUGACUGAUAGCGAUUUAGAUGAUAUAGAAGACGAAGCCGGUGAAGAACUGAUCUCCCGUCUCCAAGUGGUCGAGGCGGUGGCGGGGCACGUGUGCCAGGCGCUGUGGCCGCGGAUCGCUGAGGGGGCGAAGCCCUGCGUCGCCCUGACCAGAGCGAAGCAGACGGCGCUCAGGCAUAUGGCGGCGCGCGCGCUAGCCGCCAUGGCUGCGCGGGACCCGCAUGCUGUGAUGCAGACUAUUAUUACUGAGGUAAUCGAGGCGCUGUCAGACUUGCGCAGCGACCGCGUGCGCUGCGGCGCGGCGGAGACGCUGGCGCGCACCGUGGACGCCUUGCAGCUGCAGCUCGUGCCCUACAUUGCGUUACUCGUUGUGCCCUUGUUAGGCCGUAUGAGCGAUCAUAACGAAGCGGUACGGAUGAUGUCGACACGCUGCUUCGCCACGCUCAUACAACUCAUGCCGUUGGACGGCGCCAUCCCCGAGCCAGAAGGUCUCUCCCAAGAACUACGUGAGAGGAGGCAAAAGGAUAAACAUUUCUUGGAACAACUGUUUAACCCGAAAUCUAUCAAAGACUAUAAAAUACCAAUACCCGUGACCGCUGAGCUCAGGAGUUAUCAACAGGCGGGCGUAAACUGGCUGCGGUUCCUCAACGAGUACAAGCUGCACGGCGUGCUGUGCGACGACAUGGGGCUGGGCAAGACGCUGCAGUCCAUCGUGGUGGUGGCGGGGUCGCACUGCGAGCGCGCGCGCGACCGCCGCCCGCACAUGCCGUCGCUGGUCGUGUGCCCGCCCACGCUCACUGGUCACUGGGUGUUUGAAGUGAACAAAUUUAUUCCAACCAAAUAUCUAAAACCAAUGCAAUAUGUGGGACCUCCAGUGGAAAGGGAGAGAUUGCGGUCUCAUGUUAACUUCUACAACCUCAUCGUCGCCUCGUACGAUAUCGUUAGGAAAGAUAUCGAGUUCUUCAGUAGUAUUAAAUGGAACUAUUGCAUAUUGGACGAAGGCCACGUCAUCAAAAAUGGGAAGACCAAAGCAUUCAAGGCUAUUAAACAACUAGUCGCUAACCACAGAUUGAUAUUGUCAGGAACGCCUAUUCAGAACAACGUGCUGGAGCUGUGGUCGCUGUUCGACUUCCUGAUGCCAGGUCUGCUGGGCACGGAGCGGCAGUUCACGGCGCGCUACUCGCGGCCCAUCCUGGCGGCGCGCGACCCCCGCGCCUCGCCGCACCACCUGCAGGCCGGCGCGCUCGCAUGCGAGGCGCUGCAUCGGCAGGUUCUUCCGUUCCUCCUGCGGCGCGUGAAGGAAGACGUGUUGCGCGAGCUCCCUCCCAAGAUAACGCAAGACUACUACUGCGAACUAAGCCCACUGCAGCGGCGUCUCUACGAGCACUUCUCGCGUGAACAUUUGCCUCAAGAUAUAUCGGCUCAUACACAUGUGUUCCAGGCACUGCACUAUCUCCAGAAUGUGUGUAAUCAUCCUAAACUAGUGCUAGUUCCGGAGCACCCGGAGGCGACGCGGGUGGCGCGCCAGCUUGCGCAACAGGGCUCCACACUGGAUGACAUAGAACAUGGCGCUAAAUUACCUGCAUUGAAACAACUUCUAUUGGACUGUGGCAUAGGCACGUCGGCAACGGUGGGGGAAUCUGGCGCGGUUGUUUCCCAGCAUCGGGUUCUCAUUUUCUGCCAAUUGAAGAAAAUGUUGGAUAUUGUGGAGAAAGAUCUAUUGCAAAAGCACUUACCGUCCGUUACGUACUUGCGUUUGGAUGGAAGCGUGCCGCCUCAUCAGAGACACUCGAUCGUAACAAGAUUCAACACAGACGUGUCUAUUGAUGUCUUACUACUUACUACUGCUGUGGGUGGCCUUGGCUUAAAUCUAACGGGUGCCGACACGGUCAUCUUUGUCGAGCACGACUGGAAUCCCAUGAAGGACCUGCAGGCGAUGGACCGCGCGCACCGCAUCGGUCAGAAGCGAGUGGUCAACGUGUACCGCCUCAUCACGAGGGACACGCUCGAGGAGAAGAUUAUGGGAUUACAAAAGUUCAAGCUAAUGACAGCAAAUACGGUAAUUAGCAGUGAGAAUGCAUCAAUGGAGACAAUGGGCACCGAUCAAUUACUAGACUUGUUCCAGUUGUCCAGCACACCAGGGCCCUCCACCUCGCAGGCCUCUGCCCCGGGGGCGAAGUCCAUCAUAGAAACCCUACCAGACCUUUGGGACGAUAAACAAUAUGAAGAGGAAUAUGAUAUGACCAACUUUGUCAAGUGCCUAAAGAAAAUGAAAGCC